AGGCCAUUAGUUCGGAAAGUCUUCCUGAUCUUUCUGUAUCUCACUAAAGCUAAAGCUCUGGGCUGCAGCAGGCUACGACAAACGAACAGUUCAUCGAAGGAGCACCGAACAGCUGCACUUCCUAGUCCUGCGACACAACGGACGAACAGUCCAUCAGAGGAACACCGAACAGCUGCACCUCCUUGUUGUGAUGAAAAAGUUCAUAUGGAGACUCUUAUCCUGAAGCAGCGCCCGCACCCGCAAAAUAUAAUAUAA